AUGGGGGAUUCUCGUUAUAUCCACCAAUGCAUUGGUCAGAACUACCUUCAUUUUGUGACAUUCUCUUCUUCACACUGUCAGCCACUGUUGGACCUUCAGAAGCAUCUCUCCUGGAUACAGAAAAAUGGGAGUCAUCCACGGAGGAGGCUUCUGUAUCCAGGAGAGAUGCUUCUGAAGGUCCAACAGUGGUUGACAGUGUGA